AGACGCGUCGAACGCGGUGAAUCGUGCGCACGUACAUUAUCAAGAAUAUCGGUCUCAAGCCCCUGUGGCACUCCGAAACGUUUGUUUUGUUUACGCGAUGCCUCAGCUCUCUUGUGAAUGUUUGUGACAAAAGUUUAUUGUGCUAUCUGUAGAAUAUUGUUUUGUGUGUACGGUUGGUGAUUUACGUGAAUUCUGUGUUAAAUAAAUAUAGAAAAAUGUUUCCGAGAAUUCAAGGACUGUUUCAUUCGGUUACGGACAAACGAUCACAGAGUAACGAGUGUGGUGAAAACAGUGUUACCAUAGUGUCAGAGAAGAAGAUAGAAGAUGACGCUUCAGACUCAUCUAGCGGUGAGAAUGUUGAAAUUGAAGAUAAACCUCUUCCUAUCGUCGAGCCAGCGCUUGAUACGUCGGAGGAAGGUCAUGCUGCACAAUGCACGUGUCCUAAUUGCGAUGAAGUUUUGUCCAAAUUCUCCGAGUGUAGUAUAUGCUUGGAACCCUUACAGUGCUGUGGCCCCUGCGUAUGCCCUUGGUGCGGCGGCGUUUGGUGCGGACGCUGUUCGAGGAGAAUGUCCCGAUGUGCGUGGUGUCGAGGAAGCCUUCGGGCUCCAGCAGCACCCUGUCUAGCCUUACAACGGCUCAUCAACGACCUUAUGUUACCUUGUCGAAAUUAUAGACGCGGCUGCACAGAACUACUGACAGCUUCCACCAGAGCGAAGCACGAGGAAGAAUGUAAAUAUGAUACUAUGAUAUGCCCCAUAACACCAACAUGCUACUCAGUAGCUUUUGAGGAGCUCUCAGCACAUCUUCAGUCCCAUCACAACAUCAUCGCGGUCUACUCACAGAAGAUCAAAAUCCUCAUAGAAAACUUUCAGACUAAACUCAAGAAGACCGCGUGCUGUAGGACGAAGUACAAAAUAAUUCUACUCUACCAGAAGAGCGCUUUCAUUAUCAAAGUAUGCAUCUACAACUUUCACGUCAAAGUUGAAGUGAUGAGACGCAAGCUUGGGUAUACAGCGGACGCGAAAUCCGAAACGAAAAAGAGCGACUACUGUGCAUUAAUUGAAUUCCAAAGCAAGGCAUUGUGCACAAAAUCAGCAAUCUUAAUAGAAAAUGAAGCGUACAGUAAAAAGGCUGAAGUACAAUGGAACGAUAUAAUAAUGAAAUCUGAUACAGAUGAAGCCAUCACAAUUCAUGUUAACAUUGGAAAAUCUAAUGCCGAACUUUUAAAAAAGGAAACGACGGAUUCAUGAGUCUCAAUCUCUAUUGACUCUUUGAUUCAUAAACUGUAUAAGUAAUGACUUUAAUAAUCUAUAAAAUUGUCAAGAACAAUCCAUUUUAGUGUUGAAGGGGUCCAAGCAUUAUCUUGGGCAUUUCGUCUUAAAGUUAGGUUUAAAGAUUUAGCCUAAUUUUAAGUGGAUAUGUGAAAUAGAUAUAAGAACGGCGUUAAAGCUUAAACAGCUAAAAGUGACUGAUAUAGUUUUAAAUUUAGUCAAUAAUGAAGUAAUAUUUAAGAUGUAAAAUAAAUUACUACUAUUUUAAAGGACUAAUGCUGUUAUUUUUUUCUAACACGCAACCCAGCCUGUUAGGUCAACAGUUAAUGUAGCUAGAAUGUACCCACGGUAAAAUUUCUUAAGUUAUAAAGUGUGAGGAUGGUUUGGUAACAGUAUUAGAAACACAAAUAAUAAAUCGAUUAAAUAAAUGGUUCUCGAUCAGAACAGUAACAAUCAAGCUAGCAUGUCAUUAAGUGGCAAGAUGACCGGUGCUGACCAUAGACAACAGCAAACAACGCAUCUGUUGUUGCGCAACUUAAUAUGGAAAUUCCACUGAACUAAUUAAUAACUAAUUAUACCGAGCAGAACAUAGUUAUUGAUUGUUAUAUCGUUUUCAUGCAAAAAUAGGUAAGAAAGUGGUACUUAGCCAGACGGGUACUUCUUUUCGUUUAUCAGUCCGCUAGAAUCUAUUAUUGCUGGACUUGAAGCUUUUGUAGAGGAGGCAAAUGAACCUGCGGCUCACCUGAUGGUAUCGACCACCGCUUUUUAACAACUGAAACACUAGUUGUAGGAAGGAUUUGGAAUAAUCAAGCCCUUUAGCAGGCAAAUUGGCAUUUACAAAACCAAACAGUUUCGUGUCAGUAUAUUAUUAUUCCACGUGACAACUUAUAAACUAAAUACGUCACAUAUGUAAACAUCAAACUUGCACCGUUAAACACAAUAAUAACAAGUAGUGGUGACAUAUGAGAAUCAACAACACCGCAUCAUCCCGCGGGUGUUGAAUGAAACAGAAGGGCUGCAAAGUCUUCCUGAUAACAACUCAAAAAUAAAAAAACCUGCUGUUGCCACCCCGCUUAACAACCGUGCAACAAUGGCAAAUAUUUUAUUUAUUUAUCCUCUAUUGCAACACACCUUAAACUAGGGCUUACAAAGGACGGACUAAAUACCUACCUAAAUAUUCUCUACCAGUCAACCAUCCGAAAGAUAGAAUAAAAUGUUGGCAGGUGCAAAUUAAGAC